CACAUAGUGAAAUUGCGUGGACGAAUUUGGAUAUAAAUAUACGUAGUUUGCUGGUUUAUUUUGCGGGGCGAAACUGCUAACGUUUGUACACGUUUUUUUCCCAUCUGGGUCGAGUUUAUCUGGACAAGGACGCAUACCCGGAACUUUACAAUGCAUUCACGAACAACUGAUUAAGUAACUGAAGAACCGUGUUUGAAUGAUAAACUUUAAAGAGACCAGUUGUUCAGAAAUAGAAAACGAAAUGCCAGCAGAGAAAACACGCUUUAGAUUGGGCAGCGAACAAUCCGAAGUAUCGCAGGUAUCGAAAACGACUGUAAUGACUGACCUUUCUACUGACUCGGAUGAGACUGGAAAUCCAUACCAACCAACCUCAGCACCCAGACGACCCAGUAAUGAGCAAACGCCAAAAGAGCGGGAAACGAAGCGUACAGUUCGAAAGAGACCAGUGUCAUUUUCAAAUGGUGCUGACGAAACCGAAGUGUCGGAAUCGCAAAGAUUACAAAGCACAAAUAGCAACGAAGAAGACUCGGUAAUUCAACAACCGAAUUAUGCUCAAAAGCAAUAUUAUCAACAGCAUACGUCGUACACAAGUGUACCGUUGGAUGACGAAAAUAUGUCUAGCAAUCCGCUGAAACAUAUGGCGCGAAGGUCUCGUCGAUAUACAGAGGGUAGCAUUGACAAUCUUGAUCGAGGUUUUGAAAGGCAUUUGCUGGAAAAUGAGAGAGGGAUGCGACACAGUAAAACUGCACCAAAACUGGUUUAUCCCGAUGAAAGUAGCUGUAAAUGUCAAGCACGCGACGCCGAACAUACGCAUCGUGAGAAGGUACUUGAUUAUUAUUUAGUUAAAAUCGACAGAGAAGAAAGAAUGCCCAACAUAAGUCAUAGUAUGACAUCAUUGCCUGAAGAACAAAUUCGGCAUAACAAUAAUAUAAAUCCCUUUUGCCAAAGAUCACGUCAUUAUAACACCAAACGAGACCAUGUGGAUACAGUCGUACAGCUUGACAGUCAUUACCAGCCCUACAUACAUCCGAUCUAUAAAUGCAACAAAUCUCGCUCAGUUGAUGUCUUAGAGCCUAUUGAGAGUGGUGAUGGUGAAGUUCCAAGAAUGGGAAAUGCCCCCUGUCGAUCCUUGCCAGAAGUUCCCAUUGGAAGUGAUGCGGGUACGUCUGGAUACGCACAAAUGAAGCCUUCGGGCAAUAAUUCCGAUCCGGCUUCCAGCGCUCGAAGUGAAAACUAUCAUUCAAGUCAUAGAAUUAGAAUUCUGGUGAUCUUGAAUGUCCUUCAGCUUCUGCUUAUCCCUGCAGGAAUAUCUGUCUACAUGUACAUACUAAAUAAAGAUCCUGAGAUACCUUUACAAACUACUGUAGAUCCUGUUCGAUUGGAACAAACUGAGCACAAGGACUGUGUUUCUUGUUUAGAGUUUCAGGAUUUCGCUCUUGCGCCGCCGCUUGAUCUCGGCCUUAUUCAUGAUGAAAAUAAUAAAAGUGUUUGUUGCGUUAAAAAGGGGGAGAACACUCUGAAAGUUGUCCUCAAGGUCAUAUCAAACAUGGGAAAUAACUGUACAGAUAAAAACACACCUCGUCCAGUCCUACAACUAACAUCGAUGUCGGCUGAAAAAUUAUCGUCCGAUAACACUAUUGUCUGGAGUGACAAAGAUGGACAGAAACCCGUCAAAUCGAACACACUUAAGCUCGUGGAUGGAGGCAAGGCUGUGGAAAUUAACUAUGGCGGAUUGUACUUCGUUUCCACAAAAUUGUCAUUUAUGUCCAAGAAAACAAGCAUUGACGGAGAGUCGUUUGCCAUUGGUCAUCAGAUUCUAGUGGAUGACGAAACAUUCGAGGAGACAUCCCAGAUGUGUUAUUUUCCACCAACAAAUAAAACUCUUGCUGUCGAGCAUGUUAGUACAAAACAGUUUGUCAAAUACUUCAAAACACACGAGCGUGUCUCGGUAAAAGUAAAACCUAGAUUCAAUUUUAAACCUGAAAGCGCGCGAAUCAUUCUGUUUUAUCUUGGACAGAGUGCGCACUGAAAGUAGGGGCAGAACCAGGAUUUAGCAUUAGAUGGGGUUAAAUUUGUAAACGAAAAUGAUGACGUGCUCCAUUCCGCAGACAUUUUAGGCUACAAACGUUUUGGCUACAUUUAGUCUAAGGUAUGCACUCUAGUGUUAUUAUAAAUAUCUUUAUGACAUAUUGACAUGAACUUUCAUUUUGACAAUUUUCGACCCCGCUACCCCUGGAUCGGCUUGUAAAAGUACUGAAUACUACACUGAAAUAUCAAAUUCUGACGUAUUUCAGUGCAAAACAAACGUUUAUAAAACGUUAUUAAAUGUGUGUAUGUGUGUGUGUGUGUGUGUGCGCGCGCGCUCGUGCGUGUGUGUGCAUGUGUGUGCGUGUGUGCGUGUGUGUGUUUUCUAUUUUAUUUAUUUUUUCACAUAUCAUCAUCACAUGUUAAUUUAACAAACCUUAAAAAGGUAUAUAUAUAUAUAUUUGCUCAUUUACGAAAUGUUUUGUAGAUAGAAUUACAUUUAAUGUGUAAACUUAGUGCGACUAAAGGUAGUUUGUAUUUGUCAUGUGACAUCUUAUUCAAACUCAAUACAUACACAUAUAUAACGAACAUCACUUUUGAUUGAUAAACAUUUAACUACUUUCUAAAUAAUGCAUUCAUGAAAAAUAUAACUGACUUAUAACAAGAUUGAAACUAUGUAUUAGAUAGCUGAAAACGCAACAAUUUUAAAUGAUUGGUGAGUGCUAAAAGAUUUAGUGCGAAUCUACUAUCGUCUCAUAAGGUAGAAAUAUCAUGUUUUCUGCACCUUUCUUUCAAAUUAAACUCGGUAUCCUCCAUUAGAACAAUUGUUUACGACAUUUAUUCACCCUUUAAUAUAUUAAAACAAUUGUAUGAAUUGUGGUAAAUCUUAUUUGGAAGUAAGAGUGCAUCUUUAACAUAAUGUUACCAGUUUUUUUAUGCUGUGUGUGUAUAUA